AUGGAGUCCAAUCUAGCUAGAUGGAAUAAACGGGUACCCAAAAAAGUGAAUCUUUUUGUAUGGCGACUGCUACGCAAUAGUAUUCCUACACCUAUUAAUCUGUUUGGUCGUGGUACUGUUGAUGUGAGUACGGUUCGAUGUAACUUAUGCAAUAAUGGAAUUGAUGAUACGAGCCAUGUAUUUCGUGACUGUCUUUUUACGAACACUAUUAGAAGAAGGCUUAGCGAUUGGAUACAAUACUCCAUCCCUGAUGUAAAUCCGUCAGAACUGGUAGAUUGGUAUAAAAGCUUACAGGUUACUAAUCCAAAACGCGACAUGAUUGAAGCUAUUCUCUUCGUCGGGUGGUGGCAUAUCUGGAAGGAGAGAAAUAAUGCUCUACAUAAUGGUAAACACGCUACCCUGAUCGAUACUUUCAAUUCGAUUAUGUCUCUUGGAUCUCUUUGGAUGUCUAGCCGUGAUAAGAAGCGUAAUUACGACUGGAACAAUUGGCUCAUGAACCCAAUGGAGAUUGCAUGA